UUUAAUUGACAGGAGACAAAACAUCUCUGGUUACUUAUUUUGGUUAAAUGAAAAUUUUGAUUUAAAUUUAUUAAAGAAUGGAGAUUGAAGACACGAUCGAAAAUGAAGGAGAUAUUUCAAAGGAUAGUACAAAUAAAAAUUCCUCGAAAGAUAAAUACGAACUAAAACAAGAAUUAAAAGAUAAAUUACAAGAUUUACCAGAGGUCCUAGAAUUUAUAGAAUUAUUGCAGAAAUACAUAGAAAAACAAAAGAGGAAAUUAAAAAGACUUAAAGUGAAAUGCAAGGAUUCUGUACAAACAAGAGAUGUGUCAGUUCAAACUGAUUCAAAUCACUGUGAUCAACUACCUGUUAGUGAAUUAGAUGUAAAUAAUGACAAACCAGACCAAAAAAAUGUAGCUGAUGAUAUUAUAGCAGCAGCUGAAGAGGCAGUUCAAAACUCAUGGUUUGUUUAUGAAGAAACUUCUGGAUUAUAUUAUGAUUAUAGUACUGGAUUUUAUUACAAUGCUGAGUAUGGGUUGUACUAUGACGGCAAGACAGGAAUUUAUUACAAAUAUGAUCCUGAGAAACAGUCAUAUGAAUUCCAUUCACAAGUGGAAAUUCAAGAGGAAAGUCGACCAAAGUCCAUUGAGAAGCAUAACAAAAGAAAAAAUCAAAUAGGAAAAAAAUCUAAAGACAUCAAACGUUGGAAAGCUGGUGAUUCCAAAAUUGAUACAGAAGAGGGCGAGUGCUCCAACAGUAGCGAGAAUUCAUUAUACACAGACGAUGAACACAGCUCAGACUCCAGUGAUGUUUCCAAACUUUGGCCACCUUGUAUGCGCAUAAUAAUAGAGAAUACUGAUGUACCAAAAUUGAAAGCGGGUUCCUUACAUAUUAUAACAUUUGAAGGUGGAACUUUGGGCCGAGAAGGAAACCAUUCAAUAAUUAUUCCUGACAUUGCAAUUAGCAAGCACCAUUUGAAGUUCACUUUUGACAAAGAAACCAAUCAAUAUUUAGUGACAGAUUUAGGAUCCAGAAAUGGAACAUUUCUAAAUGGUAAGCGAUUAUCACCUUCCAAGCAGGAAAGCAAUCCCGUCGAAAUCGUACAUGGUAGCAAGCUUAAAUUGGGCGCCACAGUUUUUCUCUGUCACAUACAUGUCGGAAAUCAAACCUGCGGAAACUGUGAACCAGGUCUACUACAAACAGAAGUGCCUCAACGAAUGUAUGAAAUAAGUAAAAAAUCUGAUAUGCAUGGUGAACUAAAAAAUUUACGAAAGAAGUUUGGCGUCGCAAACUUUGGUGACUUCAAGUUGGGAACUGGUUAUACGGACAGAGCUCACAAACGACGAAACGAAGUGGGCAGCCAAAAUCCCCAUGAAAAAACAGAAGUUGCAUCCUUAAAUCAAUCAAUAUCUUCUCAAAAUAAAGGUUUUCAAUUGUUAUCAAAAAUGGGUUGGAAAGAAGGAGAGUCCUUAGGAAAGGAUAACGGUGGUAUCAAAGAACCGGUUCCACUUUUAACGAAUCAAGGCUUGGCAGGUGUGGGUAGUACUAAUCUCGUAGAAGCCACGAAUCUUCCAACUGCUACCGUAUCUGAAAAUAAAACCAUGAUAUGGAAAAAAGCGCAAGAAAGAUUUCAAAGUUUGCCACCGACGACUGCCAACUUUAACACAGAUUCUGAUUAAAACCAGCCAGCCGAUCGAUGUAUCGAACGUUUUAAUUUACAUAAUUUAUAGGUUAUUGAUAUUGUAUAAUAUAUUGUUUAUACACGUG